GAGCGGAGCGGAGCCUGGGGGCGGCGAGGCGAGAGGGGCCGGGGCAAGACCCUGAGACGCCGGGGGAUGCGGCGGGAGCGAGGCCCGGUGCGGCCUGUGCGGCCCCCGCUGCCCCUGGGCUGUCUGUGGGGCAGGGUUGGGCCCCCUCGGCGACAUCCCACCUCCUUUUGAAGAAGCGGGAACUUGCAAACCGAAGGCCCUUUGCUCGCCUGUAACUUUGGGGUUGCACUUUAAAGACUCCGGGUCAAGCGAUCAGGCGCCCCGCCCUUCCUGAAGCGUCGGAAAGGGAGCUUCUGUUGGCUUGCAUACUUUGCUGUCAUAAAGCUACGUGGGGAAAGGUUUGAAACGCCAACAGGAGUCCUGAAAAUGGAUUUUUCGUCCUGCACCUUCAGUUCUCCAAAUGACCCAGAUGGACAGAACGAUAUCUUCUGGGAUCAGAAUUCUCCAAUGACAAAACAGUUAGGUAAAGGAAGAAAAAAACAGAUUUGCAGCACUGAUAGUGAUGAGAUUUCAAAUAUUGUUAAUCGUAUUGCUCCUCAGGAUGAAAAACCAGUGACCAACUCCAUGCUGGGUGUCUGGAUUGGUGCCACUGCUAUCCCUUGUACUCCCAGCAUAGCAAAAGAAAAGACGAGACUGAAAGUCAGCUGUACAAGGUUAAAAACACAAAAUCGAGAAAAAGAACUUAUGAAAUUGGCUAAACAAUUUGAUAAAAAUAUGGAAGAGCUUGAUGUGAUUCAGGAGCAAAACAGGAGAAAUGAUUUUAUUGAGACAACUUCAGAAGCAGGGAGUUUACAUAACUGUAAAGAUUACGUACAGAUGGAAUCAUAUGAUGUUUCUGAAAUUGAUAGGGUUCUAACAAAGAGGCCAAUAAAAAGAAACACCUGCAUAUCUGUGUCAAAUGAGCAAAACGGUGGUCAGAAGCCAUUUGACCAGACUGUUGAAGCAGCUUUUAAUGCCAUUUUUGAUGGUUCUACUCAGAUGUGUAGUGGACGGCUAAGCCAAGAUGUGUCAGAUUCUUUUAUGAAUAGUAGUAAUACUACCUUUGGAAAGAAGAGUGCCUUGAUAGAAGAGAAAGUCAUUGCUAAUGAAACUCUGGUCACUGAAAAUCUGACAAAUACCACUUCUCCAGAAAGGACUGCUGAAAUGCCAAAAUCAUGUGUGGUUCCCUGCAGGGAGCCAGAAGCCUCUAGUAAACAUAUUGGUGGACUUACUGCUGGUGACUUUGAGGAUGACUGGGAAAACUUACUAGGUAAUGAACCUUUUAUCAUGCAAAAUGCAGAAAUCCCUUCUACAACUGCUCAGGUUACAGAUCCAAAGGGAAUUUGUGCCCUUGAUAAAUCAAGCAAAUUACCAUUCACUGGAAAUAGAAUGAGAUGUGAGGAAGCUUUUCAUAAAAUUGUUACUGAAGAUAAAAUUCAAGAUUGUGACAUUGUAGCUGAUUUCACAGAAGUGAAAGAAAAUAAUCAUCGUCACUUUGUGUCUAACAUACAUGCUUCUGAGAAGACUGAUUUGUACAAAAGAAAUCCUCAUGAACAAAAAUAUGAGAUCAGUGUGAAUCCAUCUUUGAAAGCACCUGUUAAUACUGACCCCUUUGAUUCUACAUCUCCAGGCAUUAAAAACAGUGUUUUUAAUCCAAAUCAGGCUAAUACAUCAAAGCUUGAUUCUGAUUCUUUCUUUGAUGAUUGGAAUGAUCCAUCAUUGGCCAAUGAAAUGAUUAAAGCAUGCCAUCAGUUAGAGACUACCUGGGGAUCCGAUGAUGUAGAUGAUGAUUUGUUAUAUCAGGCAUGUGAUGACAUUGAAAGACUAACUCAGCAGGAAAACAAGGACAGCAGGGGGUCAGAAAGUAUCAAUAACAGUUCCAGACAGGGAGCCAGAAACACAUCUACUGCAUCUAAAAGAGGGAGUCAUUUGGUACAAUCAAAGCAUCGGAAUGUUGGUGAAACUUCAGUGCAAACAUCUUUAACAGGUAACUCAGAAAUAAGUAAAUCAGUGAAAGUGGAGAAAAGGGAACUCUGUAGAGAUUAUCCCAGUGUUUUGAAUACUACAACAAAUUUGUCUGUGUGCUCCAAGAAUCCAAAUGUUCAGGUCAAUAAUCUGCAUGCUCCAAUACAAGUGAAUAGCUCGAGAUUAGUUCUUGCAGAAAGUCAAACUUCAAAUGUUAGCUUGGGUAAUAUGAACAUAGAAAUUGCUACAGAUAAGAAGUUGAGUACUCAUCAGCUAUCCCACAACAUUCCAGAAGAUGAGGUUCACAGUGGCCUUAACAAAAUAUUGUUUUCAAAAUUUACAUUUAAAAGGAAGAAUUCUCAGUUAAAUAAAAAUUGCAUAACAGGAAACAUGCCUACUACCAAAGUCAUACAAUAUCUGGGGGAAGAGUACACUGACAACUCAUUGCUUGGAGAAGCUGAUCAGUGGCAGUCUUCAGUAACAUAUUCUGAAUCUUUGAAACAGUCUUCUAAAGAGUAUGAAGAGAAAAAUAGAAAAUAUUCUCCUGAAGAAAUUCAAAGAAAAAGACAGCAAGCACUAUUUCGAAGAAUGGCCAAAGCUCAGGCAUCGUCUAUAAAUUCAGCUCCUGUUUAAUUUCUUGUAUGAAAUUUUAUUUAGAGGAUUUAACUAUCUAUGAUAGGAUUUUUGCUCUUGAUUUCUCUGUGAGAAAUUUAAUGCUGACUUACAAAGCAUGGACUUCUACUUUAUUAUUUAAUAAAUCAGUGUUUAAAAUAAAGCUUUUCCUUGGAGGUCUAUGCAAAUUUAAUUUCAUAAAUGGUUUGAAUUUCAGAAUUUAGUAGUUAUGUAUGUACAGAGGAAAGUAAUAAUUAUUUUAAACAUAAUUGCAGAUGGUCAUCA